AUGACAUCAAUGGACAAAGUCGAUGAUAAAUACUUUGAUUCAAUACCAAAAAACUGGUCAUUAACGCGCCGAGAUGUUAUGCUUGGUCUUUUCUAUUAUCCUCAAACAGCUAAAAUUGUUUUAAACCAAAUAUUUUAUUGCAUCGCAUAUUUUGACACAGAACCAUUAAAUAUUUCACAUCAUCAACUUAUUGCAAUGAAUGUUCUGUUUGUCUUGUUUGACUUAUUUGUACUUGUCAUCUGUGUAUACGGUCAAUGCUCGUGGAGUAAUGGCUUGCCUUUAGUCCCAAACAGUCGCAAAGUUAAUGUUACUCAAUUAGAAACAUACUCAGAUGGGCAAGCUUAUGGAUUUUACGAUAUUCAAUGUGAUCCAGGCUAUUCAUUGGAUUCCACUAUUGGAGGACGCAUUACUUGUCUGGAAUCAGGAAAAUGGUCGAGUCCAUUACCUGUGUGUAGAUCGAUGGGCGCCUGUCCUAUCUCUAGCCUUUUCGACUUUAUUCGAACAACAGAAGGCAUAUGGAUUAAUCAAUCAACAAAUUUUAUCUAUACAAAUGGUGUUGAUGAUGAUCAUGCAUUAGGUGGAUCAAAUAUAACCAUACGAUGUUCCAAUGGGUACAUAAAUGUUGGAGGAUCAUCGACAGUUAUUUGUACACAGGCCAAUACUUGGACUCUCUAUCCGCAAUGUAUUCCAAUAUCGACAUCUACAUCAAAAAUAGCAACAGUUCGCCGUUCUUUACGUUGCGGAGUUACAGAUGAUACUUGGCAAUUCACUAAUGGAUAUAUUUCAAAUACUACAAAUAUGCUUGUCUACAAUGAUAAUACUGCAGCAGGUUGUAUAAUGGUUUCCUGUGAACCUGGUUAUAUGAUUGAUAACAUAAGUCAAGGUGUUUUUGAAUGUAACAAUGGAACAUGGUCGCCCAGACCGUACUGUUCAAUUACGGCGCGGUGUUCACUUUCGGUUCUGAAAAAUUUUUUCAACAAUGAUUCACAAUUCACCGGCAUUCGUGUUGUUAUGCAACAUAUUAUAGCUAAUCCAAACGAAAAUGACUUAGCACUUGUUGGAUCAUGGAUAAGUUUUGCUUGUACAACUGACUAUACUUUUCUGAAUGGAAAUCUAAAUGUUAGCUGCCAUGCUGACGGUCAAUGGAGCUCAUUUCCCAAAUGUACUGUUGAGAGUAUACAAGGAAUUUCAGGUCCAUGUUCCUGGACAGAUGAUUUACUCACCGUCCCCAAUAGUCAUAAAUCGAACACUACCAAUCUGAAAGUUUUCACAAAUGGAAAUGCGUAUGGCUACUAUGAUAUUGAAUGUGAUCCAGGUUAUGAACUUGAUCCUACUAUUGGUGGACGUAUCACUUGUCUUCAAUCAGGAAAUUGGUCAAAGCCACUACCUGUAUGCAGAUCGAUGGGUGCAUGUCUGAUGUCUGAUUUAUUGGAGUUUAUUCAAACAGCAGAAGGCAUGCGAAUCAAUCAAUCAUUGAAUUUUGUGUUCACGAAUAGUAUUACUGAUGAUCGAGCUUUAGGUGGAUCAAAUAUAACUGUACAAUGUUUAAAUGGAUACAUCAAUGUUGGAGGACCAUUGCUUAUCAUCUGUACAGAAGCUAGUGUCUGGACUCCGUAUCCUCGAUGUAUUUCAAUAUCGACAUCGACUUUGGCAUUAACAUCAGAUUCUACAACAAUUAGUGAUUCUAUGCUUAUGCGAUGCGGAGUUACAGAUGAUACUUGGCAAUUCACUAAUGGAUAUAUUUCAAAUACUACAAAUAUGCUUGUCUACAAUGAUAAUACUGCAGCAGGUUGUAUAAUGGUUUCCUGUGAACCUGGUUAUAUGAUUGAUAACAUAAGUCAAGGUGUUUUUAAAUGUAACAAUGGAACAUGGUCGCNUGAUACUUGGCAAUUCACUAAUGGAUAUAUUUCAAAUACUACAAAUAUGCUUGUCUACAAUGAUAAUACUGCAGCAGGUUGUAUAAUGGUUUCCUGUGAACCUGGUUAUAUGAUUGAUAACAUAAGUCAAGGUGUUUUUAAAUGUAACAAUGGAACAUGGUCGCCCAGACCGUACUGUUCAGUUACAGCGCGAUGUUCUCUUCCACUGAUGAAAAUAUUUUUAAACAAUGUUUCAAGAGUAGCAGGCCUUCAAAUUGUGUCUCAGCGUGUAUCUGAAAAUUCGGAUGAAGAUGAUUUGGUUCUUAUUGGUUCUUAUGUACUUUUUGCUUGCAAAAAUGGUUACAUAAAUACUGAUGGAAAAGUACAAAAAAAGUUUAGAAUCCAACAACGGUUGCAGCAACUUCGAGAUCAAAGAACAACAAUUUCCAAAUAUAAACUGUUGUUAAUCCUCGAAAAAACUGAAUUUCAAUAA